AUCUUCCCUCGUGCGUGUUUUACUUCUUUUGCAAACGAACGGCUUUGCAAUUGUUCUGGUUUUUUAUUUUUGUAGAGUAUUCGAAAGGAAUUUUAUUUCAAAAUAAAAUUUAGUAUAUUUUUAUGUUACAAUUUUUGUAAGGGAUCCAUUAUCUUUCAAAACUCUACAAAAUCCAGGAAUCAUGUCAGCCGUUGUUGAAGAAACUAAAGUUGCAGGCAAUGCUGAGGCCACAAACCAAGAGGCCCCCAGCAACAAUCAAGAAGCCUCCACACAAGAAGAACCCAAAAAACAAAAGAAACCAAAACCCAAUAAUAAGAAAUUGAGACAAGAAGCUGCCGCGAAGAAAGCAGCUGAUGGUGGUGGCGAAGCUGGUGCCGACAACGAAAAAGAAGAAAAGGCCGCUGGUGAAGUUAACGGCGAAUCUGCAACGGCUGGCGGUGAUGGCGAAAAGAAGUCUGCCAACAAAAAGAAGAAUAAAAACAAAAAUAAGGCCGGUCAAAAGAAGGGCGGACAAACCGAACCACCCACCGUGCCAAUCGCUGAACUAUUUCCCGAUGGCAACUUCCCUGAAGGUGAAAUAAUGAAACACCCCGUACCUAAGGAUAUGCCAGACGAUCGUACCGCCAUUGAUCGUUUCACUUCGGAAGAGAAACGUGCCUUGGAUCGUAUGCACAAUGAUAUCUAUCAAGAAGUGCGUCAGGCGGCCGAGGCUCAUCGUCAAACACGUCAAUAUAUGCAACGUUAUAUUAAACCCGGCAUGAGCAUGAUUCAAAUUUGUGAAGAACUCGAGAAUACUGCUCGUCGUUUAAUUGGCGAAAAUGGUCUUGAGGCUGGCUUGGCCUUCCCCACCGGUUGUUCGUUGAAUCACUGUGCUGCCCAUUAUACACCGAAUGCUGGCGACACCACUGUCUUGCAAUAUGAUGAUGUGUGUAAAAUUGAUUUCGGCACUCACAUUAAGGGUCGCAUUAUUGAUUGUGCUUUUACAUUGACUUUCAAUGAUAAAUAUGACAAAUUAUUGGAAGCAGUGCGUGAGGCUACCAAUACUGGCAUUAAGGAAGCUGGUAUUGAUGUACGUCUAUGUGACAUUGGCGCUGCCAUUCAAGAAGUCAUGGAAUCUUAUGAAGUUGAGUUGGACGGUAAAACUUAUCAAGUUAAGGCGAUACGCAAUUUGAAUGGUCAUUCGAUUAGUCCAUAUCGUAUUCAUGCUGGCAAAACUGUACCAAUUGUCAAGGGUGGCGAAUCAACUCGCAUGGAAGAAAAUGAAUUCUAUGCCAUCGAGACAUUCGGUUCCACCGGUCGUGGUCUCGUACAUGAUGAUAUGGACUGCUCUCAUUACAUGAAGAACUUCGAUGCUCCAUUUGUGCCAUUGCGUUUGCAAUCAUCCAAACAACUGUUGGGAACAAUUAAUAAACAUUUCGGCACAUUGGCUUUCUGUAAACGUUGGUUAGAUCGCGCUGGCGCCACCAAAUAUCAAAUGGCUUUGAAAGAUCUGUGCGACAAGGGUGUUGUCGAGGCCUAUCCACCAUUGUGCGAUAUUAAAGGAUGCUAUACUGCCCAAUAUGAGCAUACAAUUAUGUUGCGACCAACAUGCAAAGAAGUGGUUUCACGCGGUGAUGAUUACUAAGUUCGUUGGAAAUGGUGUGUUUAAACAAAAGCAAAGCGAAUCGUUUGUUGUAUAUUGUUCCACUUUGAAAUGUAGAACAAAUAUUUUAUCAAUAUUUGAGAGUUGUAAAACCGUUUAUUAUCUUUGAGGAAUGAGUGAAUGAAAGCAUAUAUACAUACAUAUAACUAUCAAACAACACAUUUAAUUAUGAAUACCCAUAUUUUUAUUUUUACCAAAAAAUAUAUGAAAACAAAUCCCCUGAACGUUUAUUAAAUUUUGUUGUUAUCAAAUAACAAUCGUAAAAUUUCCGUUUUUUAGGUUUUCGUUUAAUUAGUUUUGAUAAGAAGUCAUGGAGAAUCUUUAAUCAUUGCUAAUAAAGGAAAUAACAUUUAAUAUGCGAAAAGGAAAACGAAAAA